AUGCGAACGACAUCGUGCCAUCCAAUGUCAAACGCAAUAGUCGAACGCCUACAUAGGCAAUUAAAAGCGUCCCUUACAGCCGUCAUCGUCAACAACGAUUGGGUCAAUAAAUUCUCUUUAGUAAUGUUAGCUCUAAGAGCAACAAUUAAACAUGACAUGGGAUGCUGUCCAGCCGAGUUGGUAUACGGAACUACUCUACGGUUACCCGGAGAAUUUUUCACUUCAAGUAAAGGUGUUCCUACUGAUGUAACCGGCUGUGUGCAACGCCUGAGAAAGCACAUGAGCGAUUUAAAAAUAACACCUCCCAGACCACAACAAGGACGAGUAUUCAUACCACAGGAACUGCAUAACAGCACUUACGUAUUCAUUGGAAGAGAUGAAGUACAACCACCUCUACAACCGAGUUACGACGGCCCAUUUAAAGUGAUAGCGUGGACAGAUAAAACGGUUACCAUGGAAAAAGCUGGGAAGACAGAUGUAAUCAGCAUCGAUCGAGUGAAACUAGCUUUCAUCGAUAGCGAUAUUCACUCAACAAAUACAAACUCCUCGAAGAUGGUCACACCAACGAAACACGAGUCUCAAGAAUCAGUGACGCUAACGCAGCAAAAAGACGAGACUCCGGUAACAACAAGAUCUGGCCGCAGAGUAAAAUGGCCUGAACGCAUGAUUCUUCCAGUUCACAAUUCCUUUCUAUUUGCCUCCUCUAUUCUCCCUAACUAG